UUCCCUACAACCCAACACUAGAUCUGUCUUUGUGUCCCACGAACGCACACGUUCUGUGCGUUUUUGUGUUUGGUCUUGUCCUUAAAUUUCUUCGAAGUCCCUACUUCACUCAUCAAGAUGGGUAGGGAGGACAAGGCUACUUGGAAGACUAACUACUUCACCAAAAUCAUCCAACUCUUAGACGAGUAUCCGAAAUGCUUCUUAGUGGGAGCAGACAACGUGGGUUCGACCCAGAUGCAGCAGAUCCGUAUCUCGCUGCGAGGCCACAGUAUCGUGCUGAUGGGCAAGAACACAAUGAUGCGCAAAGCUAUCAAAGACCACCUGGAGAACAACCCGGCCCUGGAGAAGCUGCUGCCACACAUCAAGGGAAAUGUUGGAUUUGUGUUCACCCGCGGAGACUUGGUGGAGGUGCGUGAUAAACUGCUGGAGAACAAGGUGCGCGCGCCUGCUCGUCCUGGUGCUAUCGCGCCUCUUUCCGUCGUCAUCCCGGCACACAACACCGGUCUGGGCCCUGAGAAGACCUCUUUCUUCCAGGCCCUCUCUAUCCCCACCAAGAUUUCCAAGGGUACCAUUGAAAUCAUCAACGAUGUGCACAUCCUGAAGCCCGGCGACAAGGUGGGCGCCUCUGAGGCCACACUCCUCAACAUGUUGAACAUCUCACCCUUCUCGUAUGGUCUGGUCGUUAAACAGGUGUAUGACUCUGGCACCAUUUUCGCGCCGGCGAUCCUGGACAUAAAGCCAGAGGACCUGCGCGCCAAGUUCAUGGAGGGUGUGGCAAAUGUGGCUGCGCUUUCGCUGGCUGCAGGAUACCCCACGCUGGCCUCCGCCCCGCACUCCAUCGCCAACGGAUUCAAGAACCUGCUCGCCAUCGCCGCAGUUACAGAAGUCGAGUUCAAAGAGGCCACCACUAUCAAGGAGUUCAUCAAGGACCCGAGCAAGUUCGCGGCAGCUGCAGUGUCAGCCCCGGCCGCAGCAGCGCCAGUCGCAGACAAGAAGGAGGAGGAGAAGAAGCCCGAGAAGGAGGAGUCCGAAAGCGACGACGACAUGGGCUUCGGUCUCUUUGACUAAACUGUUGUGGCUUAGUCUCGCUCCCACUGUGACAGGACUCGUCGCGCCGCCGGCUCGGACAGCUAUAUGGCGGCCAACACAAGUCUACACAGCGGUUGCUAGUCAAUAAAUGCUACUAUGAC